AUGAGCUUUGACACUUUCUACGAUCAUGUUAUUGUUCCUUCAAGCGGUUCCAGUUUAUCGGAUCUCUUCGAUGUUAACGAAAACUCUCAUAUGCAAUUAGGUUCAUUAGAUAAUCUGCCUUCUCGAAGUAUUUAUGAAAAUAAUAGGGAAUGUGUUGUGGGGGGCGCAUUGGAGGAUAGCAAUGUUGACAAUACCGAAAAAUUAUCAUCAGUUAUCUCUACAAUUCCAAGGACUUUCGACUUGGUUUCGGAACUUUCUGAUCUCACCAGUCUAAUCAAAGGUUAUGAAUAUGAAGAACCAACUAAUUACAUUGAUUACAAGCAAAUUCAAAAUUUGAGUUAUACCGUAAUGCAUGAAGAUGUUUUUGAUCGCAAACCAUUUUAUAGUCCAAAAGAGACCAUAUCACUGUUGGAAAAUGAAACACGAGUUGAGCCGUCUCAUGAUCAAGAUGGUGCAAAAAAAUGUGAUUUUAAAGAGCCAUUUCGGUUGAAAAUAGUUCAAGUUAAAAAACUGGGUAGAGUGUUCAAACCAAGGCCAAAGGGCUCUAAACGAAUUAUUGAAAUCAAAAGGGACUUUUCAUAUGACCAUCUUGAUGUACCAACACUGAUUGACGAAAGUCCAGAGCUACGAAAUGAUGCAAAAAAUUCUCCCUGGGUAGGAUGGGCUGAAACCUAUUCUCGAAAACUAGUUAGAUUAUUGAAUGAUGAUGAGAACAAAAUUUGCAACAUCAAAAGAACGAGAUAUGUUCGGCAUAAUUUAGAGGCAAUUGUGAAGCAUAUGCAUAUUGAUGUUAUUUAUGAAAAAAAUUCAAAUUUUGAUAUCAGCAGGCCCUACGAGCCUCAAUAUAUAAGGUAUAUCAUUGAUUUGGACAGUUCACCAGUGCUUCCUUUCAACCACACAAGAUGUGGGUUGUGUCCUUAUUGCCCAGCAAUAAGCUUCUACGAUAUUAAAACAUCAGCAUAUGCACAGCAUCUUUCACUUCAACAUGGAAUUUAUACUGAUAACUUUUUGACACCAAACCCCUUAUACUAUGGUCAUUAUAGGAUCAAAAAACCAGAAAAUAGAAGCCGAAAAGAGAAGCGGAAAACUCAAGCUCACGAAUUACAAAGAGACGGAAUAGUAUGUCCUUGCUGCUAUGAGAUCGUUGGAGUAAAUUGUAGUAAGAAAACGGCAAACACGAAGCCACUUACAAAUUAUAUGAGACAUUUUAGAGACAACCAUAUAUACUGCAAGGACAAAAGCGACCCUUACAAGUAUUUCAACAAAUAUGAGAAAUAG